CGAUUUAAGAAUCUGGCAACACUGCGCGUGCGUGUGCUAGUGUAGUUAAAUUUUGUCGGAAUAAGAGUUCCUAACCUUUAAAAGUCGGCAUUUUUAAUACUUGCUAACUUGCUUCGCAAGACAAAACAACAAUAUUCUAUGCCAGAUUCUUUUGAUUUGUGCGAAACCGCGUCGAUCGAUAUAUCUUCCAUCAAAAACAAUAAGCGAUCAUCUAAACUAAACAACAAUUGAAUUGGUAUUUGAUUUUAGAUAUUUCUUGUAAGCGCAAAAAAGUCAUAAAUAAAUAUAAUUGUACGUAAAAUUAGUAGAUUUCGGUACCUCUAAGAGCUAAUAUAUAUAUAUGUACAUAUACUUACACAUAUUUAAGUCAUAUUUUAGUAACAUCUGAUAACUAACACCUGUAUAGUGUGUACCUAAAUUAAAAUUAAAAUUUUAAAAAUGACAGUAAUAUUAGGAGGUGGUAUAGCAGGCUUAUCGGCGGCGUAUUACGCUGUUAAUGACGCGAAAAUUGCGUCUGUUGUUUUAUUGGAAGCGUCUAAUCGUUUAGGUGGAUGGAUACGUAGCAAAAGCUCGCCGAGCGGAGCGAUCUUUGAAGAAGGACCAAGAACCGUUAGAAUAGUAGGACCGGCUGGAAAGAACACUCUUAAUCUAAUAGAUAAUCUUCAAUUGAAAGACAAAUUAAUUCACAUCAGAUCGAGUCAUUCCGCGGUGCGAAACAGAUUGAUCUACUCGGACGGGACACUGCAUCUUCUGCCAACCUCAUUAAAGGGUAUCUUCAAAACGACUUCGCUCCUGGAUCGUCCUUUGAUAAACUGUCUGUGGACAGACUUGAAAGCUGCCAAAGUAUCCAAAGACGACGAGAGUGUUUACAGUUUCGUUGAGAGAAGAUUGGGUCAGGACGUUGCGGAUAAUUUGAUCAGUCCGAUGAUAUGCGGAAUCUGUGCGGGAGACGCGCGCGAAAUAAGCGUCAAUUUUCUAAUGAAAUCUCUAUUCGAAGCUGAACAGAAACACGGUUCCAUAGUCAAGGGUUUAGUGGUGAAUAAUUUGGCAAAAAUCUUUUCAAAAAAGGAAAAAGCUAAUACGAAUGACAAGAAUAUAAAAAACUGCACAGAUUCGUCUGUGAGUUUAGUGAGCAAAGCUCAAAAAGAAAACUGGGUGAUGUGGGGCCUGCAGGACGGGCUUGAGCAAUUACCUCGCGCGUUAGCUGACAACGUAAAAAAUCGAGGAGUGAAGAUACAGACUAGAAAAAAAUGUGAGAAACUUACUUUCAAGUCGGGUCGCGUGGAACUGGUAGUUAACGGAGACGUUCAAGAGUGCGAACGCGUUAUUUCGAGUCUGUACGCCAAAGAUUUGGCUGAAUUGUUGCAGGAGCAACAUCCCGUGUUAUCGGCAGAAUUGAGAGCAAUACCCACCGUGACGGUAGGAGUGGUUAAUCUUGAAUUUCCAGGGAAUGUGCUGCCUAUGCAGGCGUUCGGCUUCCUCGUACCUCCGAAGGAGAAUCUUCCUCUGCUUGGUGUCAUCUUCGAUUCUUCUGUAUUCUCGCGGGAGUCCUCCACGGUACUGACGGUAAUGAUGGGUGGCGCGUGGUUCGAGAAACACUUUGGACUGAAUCCGACGGAGGAACAGCUGUUAACUACGGCGAUCGAUCGCACAAAAAGUAUCUUACGUAUCGAGGAAGAACCAGUGGCGCACAACGUUGCCAUUUUGAAGAAUUGCAUACCGCAAUACGUGGUGGGUCAUUAUCAACGUGUGCAACGCAUCCACGAUUACAUUUUGACGCGUCGCAUCCCCCUGAGACUGUGUGGUUCCUCUUACCAGGGUGUAGGACUCAACGACGUUAUUCUGUCAGCAAAACAGGCUGUUUGUGACAUCGUGGAAUAAUUGCGGUAUUACUCGAACAAAAAGGUCAAACAAUCAAAAAUGUAAAUCGCAAAACUAGCAUAUAUACAUGUAUAUAACACAAUAAAACUGUAUGUGUAAAUGCUGUA